CUGCCCAAGAAAGCCUAAUUCCGGAGUCCAACCCUUCAUAGUUUCGUUCUUUUUUCUUCCCUCUCUCACUCUUUGUUCUGUUUUGGUGUUGGUGAAGUGUGUGCCAACUGCUAUGGAGAAUCAUCCAAAGGGAAGAGAACAACCUAAGAAAGUGAAGAUUUUGAGCACGAGUUCACUGCAAAUAAACGAAAAAGAUGCCUCUCAAUUGGUUGGUUCCAUCGUGGAAAAGGGUAUCUCUGAUUCACACAACAACCCCACAACACCCUUCAUCUCUUUUCCCAAAUCCACUGUUCUACCUUUCCCCGUUGCGCGCCACCGUUCACAUGGCCCUCAUUGGCGUCCACUGACUAAUGGAAAGGAUGAUGAUGGUGACAAUAACGUUGAGGAUGAAGAAGAUAAAAAUUUCCAGGAGUUUGAAAGAGUUUCGGCCUUUGCUAAGCCGGUAGAAAGGAGGAGGAAAAAGGGUUUGGAUUUUAGAAAAUGGAAAGAGAUCAGUUCGGAUGAUGGUUCUUCUUUGGUGAAGGAAUCAGAGGAGGGUGUGUCAAGAUUUAGCCAAAGUACAGGGAAAAAGAAGUAUGAAAACGGCAGUAAGAGUCUAAACAAGAAAACUUCAUCUUCUGAUAGUAAUAUUAUUUCUCAGAUGAAAGUGGAUAUGAAACCAUUGUUAGAUGACUCAGAUGGUGGGUUUAUCAGUUCAACAAAGAUUAUGGAUAUAGAUACAUCAAAUAAGGCACAUCAUCAGGACCAAAGUGAAUUUGAUUCUGGUUUAGACCAAAUUUGCUCUGAUAGGAUGUCUGAUUACAAUUUUGGAUCUCUAGAUGUGCAAAGACCAAAGCAAACUCACUUAAAUUCAAACAUGCCGUCUUUUUCUAGUUCCAAUAGUAUCAUUAGUGACCAAAAGUCUGUGUCACUGGAAAGUGAAAUUGAUUAUGAGAAUCAAGUUCGGAUUCAGCAAAUGUCAGCUGAGGAGAUUGCAGAAGCCCAGGCUGAGAUAAUGGCGAAGAUGAACCCUUCAUUACUAAAAGUACUACAGAAGAGGGGGCACGAGAAAUUGAAGAAACGAGAUGGUUUAAAAUCAGAAGUGGGCACUGAAUCAGAAGUGGGCACUGGCUCAGAAUCUUUGAAGGGACAUAAUCAGAGUCUUCAGGAUGCCAAGCAUCUGCACACAGAGAAUGGUGUUUCUCAUACAGUGAUGACAUCACCAUCCGAAAAAAAGCUAGAUGAUAACAAAAUUAGCGCACAGACUUCAACCACCGCUAGUAGUAGCACAUGGAAUGCUUGGAGCAAUAGAGUUGAGGCUGUUAGAGAGCUACGAUUUUCUUUGGAUGGGGAUGUUGUUGAUUCUGAACAGUCAUCAGUCUACGAUAAUGUCACUGAACGCGACUAUCUGCGGACCGAGGGAGACCCUGGUGCUGCUGGUUAUACAAUUAAAGAAGCAGUGGCACUCACUAGAAGUGUGAUUCCUGGACAAAGGGCCCUUGCAUUGCAUCUCCUGUCAUCUUUGCUUGAUAAGGCAUUGAACUAUAUUUGUAAAGACAGAACAGGCCAUAUGACAAAACAUGAGAGCAAAGUUGACAAAUCAGUUGACUGGGAGGCUGUUUGGGCUUUUGCACUGGGUCCAGAACCUGAGCUUGUGUUGUCACUUAGGAUAUGUCUUGAUGAUAAUCACAAUUCUGUAGUUCUGGCCUGUGCAAAAGUUGUUCAAUGUGUAUUGAGUUGUGAUGCAAAUGAGAACUACUGGGAUAUCUCAGAGAAGGUAGCAACUUGUGACAUGGAUAUUUUCACAGCUCCAGUUUUUAGGAGCAGACCAGAUAUUAACGUUGGAUUCCUUCAAGGGGGUUUCUGGAAGUACAGCGCUAAACCUUCCAAUAUUCUUACUUUCAGCGACGAUUCAAUGGACAAUGAGACCGAAGGAAAACAUACUAUUCAAGAUGAUAUAGUUGUUGCUGGGCAAGAUUUUACUGUAGGUCUAGUUCGCAUGGGAAUCCUUCCUAGACUUCGUUAUCUUUUGGAGACGGAUCCUACGACAGCUUUAGAAGAAUGUAUUAUUUCUAUACUUAUUGCAUUAGCGAGGCAUUCACCUACAUGUGCUAAUGCUGUGCUGAAAUGCGAAAGACUUGUUCAGACAAUUGUGAAUAGAUUUACUUAUGACAAUUUUGAAAUUCGAUCUUCUAUGAUAAGAUCUGUAAGACUCUUGAAGGUGUUAGCUCGGUUAAACCAGACAAUUUGUCUGGAGUUUAUAAAGAAAGGGCAUUUUCAGGCUAUGAUUUGGAAUUUGUAUCAAAGUCCUUCCUCUGUUGACCACUGGCUAAGGUUAGGGAAGGAAAAAUGUAAACUCAUGUCUGCUCUGAUUGUUGAACAACUGCAAUUCUGGAGGGUUUGCAUUCAAUAUGGAUAUUGUGUGUCGUACUUCUCAGAAAUGUUCCCUGCCUUCUCUUUUUGGUUGAAACCGCUUUCAUUUGAAAAACUUGUUGAAAACAAUGUUUUGGAUGAAUAUACUUCCAUCUCCAGGGAAGCAUACCUUGUUCUGGAGUCUUUGUCUGGAAGACUUCCAAAUUUAUAUUCAAAGCAGUGUUUAAACAAUAAACUUCCAGAAUUCACUGGUGACUCAGAGGUAUGGUCUUGGAGUUAUGUUGGUCCAAUGGUUGACUUAGCCAUAAGGUGGAUGGCGACUAUAAGUGAUCCGGAAGUAUCUAAAUUCUUUGAGGGACAGAAAGACAGGAGAUGUGACUAUAGUUUCCGAGGUUUUUCUUCAACUCCUUUAUUGUGGGCGUAUACUGCAGUGACUAACAUGCUUUUCAGAGUGCUUGAAAGGAUGACAUGGGGGAGUACUACCAGCUUUCAUGAAACUGAAGGGCAUGUGCCAUGGCUUCCAGAAUUUGUACCUAAGAUUGGACUUGAGUUGAUCAAACAUUGGCUUUUGGGAUUUUCUGCAUCUGUUGGGACAAAAUGUAGAGAUUCUGAAGGUGAAUCUUUUAUGAAGGAACUAAUUUAUUUGAGGCAGAAGAAUGAUCUUGAAAUGUCUUUAGCUUCCACCUGUUGUCUGAAUGGAAUUGUGAAGAUUAUUACUACUAUUGAUAAUCUUAUACAGUCUGCCAAGAUUGGCAUCCCAAGCCAAGAAGAACAAAGUUUCUCGAAAGAAGGAAAAGUACUCAAGGGUGGCAUUGUUAAUGGGUUUAUGGUUGACUUGAGGUAUAUGCUUGAUGUUUUCAUGUCUUCUGUUUCUUCAGGGUGGCACCGUGUACAAUCCAUUGAGUCAUUUGGCAGAGGUGGACCUGUUCCAGGAGCAGGAAUUGGAUGGGGUGCCCCAGGUGGAGGGUUUUGGUCAGUGACAGUUUUAUUGGCACAAACAGAUGCAAGAUUUCUUGUCUGUUUGCUGGAAAUUUUUGAAAACGCAUCUAAAGAUGUCGUGACAGAAGAAACAGCCUUUACUGUGCAAAGGGUUAAUGCUAGCUUGGGAUUGUGCUUAACUGCAGGGCCUAGAGAUAAGGUUGUUGUAGAGAAGACAUUGGAUCUCCUACUGCAUGUUUCUUUACUGAAGCACCUUGAUCUCUGUAUACAGAAUUAUCUCUCUAAUAGGAGGGGUAAAACCUUUAGCUGGCAACAUGAAGAAGAGGAUUACAUACACUUAAGCAAUAUGUUAUCAUCUCAUUUUAGGAGCAGAUGGCUGUCUGAAAAGGUGAAGUCGAAAGCUGUUGAUGACAGUAGUUCUUCUGGCAUUAAGACCUCUCCAAAGGUCGGUACUUGUUUGGAAACCAUUUAUGAGGAUUCAGACAUGUCUUCCAUGGUAAGUCCAAGCUGUAAUUCUUUAACGUUAGAAUGGGCUCACCAGAAGCUACCACUUCCAGCUCACUUUUACCUCAGUCCAAUCUCAACAAUUUUCCAUAGCAAGCGAGCUGGUACUCAAAAAAUUGAUGAUGUACUACAAGAUUCCUCUAAUUUGCUUGAAGUUGCCAGAUGUGGACUUUUCUUUGUUUUAGGUGUUGAAGCAAUGUCCACUUUUCAAGGCCACAUUCCUUCUCCUGUUCAUCAUGUAUCAUUAACAUGGAAGUUACAUUCCUUGUCUGUCAAUUUUGUUGUUGGAAUGGAAAUACUUGAACAUGAUCGGAGCAGGGAUAAUUUUGAAGCUUUGCAGGAUCUAUAUGGUGAGCUUGUUGACGAGGAAAGGCUUAACCAAAGUAAAGACGUUAUUUCAGAAGAUAAAGAGAAUCUUGAGUUUCUACAGUUCCAAUCUGAGAUUCAUGAAAGUUACUCAACUUUUAUAGAAGAGCUUAUAGAGCAGUUUUCUGCUGUGUCUUAUGGUGAUGUGAUUUUUGGCCGGCAAGUUUCAGUCUAUCUACAUCGUUGUGUUGAAACUUCCAUUCGCCUUGCUGCCUGGAAUACACUGUCCAAUGCACGUGUUCUUGAGCUUUUGCCACCUUUAGAAAAAUGUUUGUCGAGUGCUGAAGGAUACCUUGAACCUUCGGAGGAUAAUGAAGCAAUUUUGGAAGCUUAUGCAAAGUCUUGGUGUUCAGACGCCCUUGACAGAGCUGCAAUUCGAGGAUCAGUUGCAUAUACUCUUGUUGUUCAUCAUCUUUCCUCUUUUAUAUUUCAUGCCUGUCCCACGGAUAAGUUAUUGCUGCGAAACAGACUUGCUAGAUCUCUCUUGCGAGAUUAUGCAGGGAAAUCGCAACAUGAGGGAAUGUUAUUGAACCUCAUUCACCAUAACAAGCCAUCAACAUUUGUCACGGAGGAGCAGCUGAAUGCUGUGUUUUCUGAGAAGAGUUUGUUAGAGUCCAGAUUAAAAAUAUUGGUUGAGGCUUGUGAGGGAAAUUCCUCUCUUUUGACUGUAGUAGAUAAGUUGAAGGCCGUUCUUGUAGAGAAGAGUUAACAGUGAGGUUAGAAGGUAACCAAUCUAUAUAUAGAAUGAUAUACGAAAGAACAACAAAGUCUUGUAUAUAGAUUCUACAAUGGGGUCUCCAAUGUACUGAUUGGAGCAUACAUGGCCACUGAUAUUGGUAUAUUUUGUUAGAGUGGAAUCUGUUUUUCUCAUUAUGGUAACCAUUUCAUAAGGCAUGCAAUGUACAUAUUGAAAGGAUUAAAGUAUUUUAGUUAUUAUAGACAUUU